AUGGAUGACUUGACGGAUUCAGUUUCAGAGGAGGGCCGGUUCGCAGAUGAGGACACAAGACCGACGAGCCAGAAAGAGCUUUGGGGAUGGUACUCUUAUGGCUGGGCCGCUGAGGUGUUUGCGAUUUGCGCAAUGGGCUCCUUCCUACCAAUAACUCUCGAGCAACUCGCUAGAGACCAAGGCGUACUGCUGAGCGACAAAACAACACCUUGCAGUGCCGGUUGGCAGACUGGACAGGAGGGCAUCACCGCCAACACCACAACCUUUGAUCCACCCAAACACCGGCAUAACGAACUACCUCCCUGUGUCAUAUUUUUUCUCGGCGCUGAAAUCAACACAGCAAGCUUCGCAAUGUACACCUUCUCGGUCAGUGUGCUGAUUCAGGCUCUACUCAUCAUCUCCAUGUCCGCAGCGGCGGAUCACGGCCGCUUUCGAAAGACGUUUCUACUCGUGUUCGCCUUUACCGGUGCGACUGCGACUGCGUUGUUCAUUGGAGUAGUUCCCAAGGUCUACCUGCUCGGCGCGCUCCUUGCCAUCAUUUCCAACACGUGCUUCGGCGCAUCGUUUGUCUUGCUGAACUCUUUCUUACCGCUAUUGGUUCGCUACCACCCCUCCAUCAGCCAUAGCAUUCAUCGACGGGGGAGUCAUUCUGAAGAUUCAAGGCCGUCCGGUGAUGAUGAAGCAUAUUCCGAGCAGGAAGGCUCCUUUUUGACCACUUCCUCUUCUGCUCUACUGCCUCGGGACCUUCCAGAUCAGACGCCUCCCACCCAGGAGAUGCCUGCAGCCAUCUCACCAGAACUGAAGUUGUCUACCAAGAUAUCCUCGAAUGGUAUUGGUAUUGGGUAUAUUGCUGGACUGUUCGUUCAAACAAUUGCCAUCCUCAUCGUGGUCGCGACAGGAUCGACCACGUUUUCUCUACGCCUUGUUCUCAUGGUGGUCGGGCUGUGGUGGUUUGGAUUCAGCAUUCCAGCUGCCAUCUGGCUGCGGCCUCGGCCAGGGCCACCGUUGCCCGCUGCGCUGGGGGGGCAUUCAGGAUGGCUCGGUUAUGUCACGUACGCGUGGAAAUCACUCUUUAAAACGAUUGGACAUGCUCGGAGUCUCAAGGAUAUAGUGAUCUUCCUUUGCGCAUGGUUUUUGCUGAGUGACAGUAUUGCCACAGUGAGCGGGACGGCGGUUCUCUUCGCCAAAACUAGUCUGGGAAUGAAAACAGAAGCACUGGGCCUGAUCAAUGUGAUUGCAACGAUCGCAGGUGUGGUCGGGGCAUUUUAUUGGAGCUUUCUCUCCAGACUUUUCAACCUCAAAGCCUCACAGACAAUUGUGGCCUGUAUCUGCUUGUUUGAAAUCAUCCCGCUCUAUGGGCUCUUGGGCUUCAUCCCAGCCAUCAAACGAUAUGGGGUCUUUGGGCUGCAGCAACCGUGGGAGAUGUAUCCUCUUGGGGCGAUCUAUGGCUUCGUUCUCGGGGGGCUCUCCUCCUAUUGUCGGGCGUUCUUUGGAGAACUGAUUCCUCCGGGGUUCGAGGCAGCAUUUUAUGCGCUGUAUGCCAUUACAGACAAGGGCUCCAGCAUUUUUGGUCCAGCCAUCGUCGGCGCAAUCACCGAUCGAUACGGAGAGAUUCGCCCGGCGUUUGUGUUUCUGGCGGUGCUCAUCUUUCUGCCUUUGCCCCUGAUGUUGUUGGUGGAUGUGGAUCGAGGCAAGGCUGAGGCACUUCAGAUGGCUUUAGAGUUGGAAGGACAUCAAAAGAGGGUCAACGGUGAUACACCAUAUACUGCGAUUCCCACCAUUGUGCUUUCAGAAGAAGAGGAAUGA